GAAAGCAGCAAAAUCAGGGAGCUGGACAGGGGACAGAAUGGAUUUGUCUUCAGUGUGGAAGGGAUUGUCACUCACGAAUUGGCCUUCUAAAGUAACUAACCGGGAAACCAAAGAGCAGGUAUGCAGUCAACAGCAUUGGCGACAGUGUGGAAGAUCCAGAUGGAGACUCCAGGAGGAAGAGCACUGAAACUGGUGGACACACACGGGGUUUAGCACUUGGGGGAUCUGUGCAGGAGGAUAUGGGUGUCCCCUUGUCUGCUGACCACCUGGGUUUACUUCUCUCCCACUGAGGUCUUCUGGGCACCUCAAACUUCACAGGCAGCGCGUGUUCUCGGACGUCAUCCUGGCAACCAUCCUGGCGACCAAGUCGGACAUGUGCGGCAAGAAGUUUGAACUGAAGAUCGACAACAUCCGUUUUGUGGGCCACCCCACCCUGCUCCAGCAUGCCUUCGGUCAGAUCUCCAAGACAGACCCCUCCCCCAAAAGAGAGAUGCCCACCAUGAUUCUCUUCAACGUGGUGUUCGCCUUGCGGGCCACAGCAGACCCCUCCGUGAUCCACUGCCUCCACAACCUCUCCCGCCGCAUCGCCAUCGUCCUGCAGCACGAAGAGCGGCGUUGCCAGUAUCUCACGCGGGAAGCCAAGCUCAUCCUGGCCAUCCAAGAUGAGGUCUCGGCCAUGUCGGAAACGACAGAUGGACCCCAAUCGCCCUUCCUCCACAUCCUUCCCAAGUGCAAGCUGGCUCGAGACCUGAAGGAGGCGUAUGACAGCCUCUGCACAACAGGGGUGGUCCGGCUGCACAUCAACAACUGGCUGGAGGUGAGCUUCUGCCUGCCACACAAAAUCCACUUUGUGGCCUCCCACUUCAUCCCUCCCGAGGCCAUUGAGAGGAGCCUGAAGGCCAUUCGGCCUUACCACGCCCUGCUGCUGUUGAAGGACGAGAAAACCCUCCUGAAUGAGCUCCCUCUGGACUGUUCCCCUGCCCUGGUGCGGGUGAUCAGGACCACCUCGGCCGUGAAGAACCUCCAGCAGCUGGCUCAGGAUGCCGACCUCGCCCUGCUCCAGGUCUUCCAGCUGGCAGCCCACCUGGUCUACUGGGGCAAAGCCAUCAUCGUCUACCCAUUGUGUGAGAACAACGUCUACAUGCUGUCUCCCAACGCCAGUGUUUGCCUGUACUCCCCGGUGGCUGACGAAUUCUGCUGUCAGUUUCCGGGCCACGACCUGCCCUCCGUUCUGUCCAAGUUUUCCUUGCCAGUCUCUCUCUCAGAGUUCAAGGACCCUCUGGCUCCACUGAUGCAGGAGACGCAGCUCAUCCAGAUGGUGGUCUGGAUGCUUCAGCACCGCCUCCUCAUUCAGCUGCACACCUACGUCUGCCUGAUGGUGCCCCCCAAGGAAGAGGACCUUCGAGGGAAAGCGGAAGAGCUGCCGUUGGCUGCCCGGGUGGGGGGCCGGAGCCUCAGCACCCCAAAUGCGCUCAGCUUUGGCUCUCCAACCAGCAGUGAUGACAUGACCCUGACCAGCCCCAGCAUGGACAACUCCAGUGCCGAGCUGCUGCCCGGCGCAGACUCCCCCGUGAACAAGCGCAUGACAGAGAACUUGCUGACCAGCCUCUCGGAGCAUGAGCGGGAGGCCAUCCUCAGCGUCCCGGCUGCCCACAACCCCGAGGAUCUGCGCAUGUUUGCCAGGCUGCUGCACUACUUCCGGGGGCGACAUCACCUGGAGGAGAUCAUGUACAACGAGAACAUACGCCGGUCUCACCUGCUGAUGCUCUUUGACAAGUUCCGCAGCGUGCUGGUGGUGGCCAACCACGAGGAUCCCGUCAUCUCUGUCUUCCAGUCCUUCCACGAGUGAGGGGGUCCAACCCCCAGACUUGCCUUUGAUGAGUGAUGGUGGACAGGAGCCUAUAGCACCGGCGGACUGUUGUGGACCAGGGCAGGGGUCUUCUUCAUCCUCCUCCUCCUCAUCCUCCUCCCAGGACUAGGGGAGGAGGGGGUUGUGGGAGAGCCUUUCAGCUGGAGGCAGUGGGGGCCCUGGUCCACCAGAACACAGCUGGCAGGCUGGCAGCUGGUGCCCUCUGUGGCCAGGAUUUAUUCUGGGUCUCCUCUGAGUAGGAGGGCUGCUUGCUUACUGUGUGCUGGCUAUUGGCCGUUCAAAGACAAGAACUAUCAAUACACUUUUGCAGAACAAUAA